CUUGAGGGGAGUGGCCAGUCGGUGAUUGGAUUAUUUCCUUUUCCUAUCCUCUUUGUGAUUGGUAGAGCCUCCCAUGCCGGCUUUGGUUUUUCUGCCACUCUCAGGACAACUUCUUGCACUCCAGGACUGUACUUUGCUGCAAACUUGACCACAAGGAUUCCUUUGCUACUGAACAGGACUCAAGAAAAAGGAUGGAGAGAUGUCACUUCUUUGUUAUCCUGCUGUGUGGGAUCUUCAUAUCAGGAGUCCUCGGUGCUCCAUAUACAAAUUUUUCAAUUGAUUGUGAAACUUUGGUGCCGGACCACCCAGUUCAACCUCAGGAAUCUGAAUCUCCCUUUCAUGUUUCCUUUCCUUCCGAGCAAUAUAAUCCAGGAAGUGAAGUAAAAGUGAACAUAGAAGGACCGCCAGAUGCUGGAUUCAAAUGGUUCAUGCUGCAGGCCCGAGACAUUGAUAAAAACAUCCCUGUUGGCUCAUUUUAUAUCACAGAUCCAAAUACAGACACCUUUAAUUGCUAUAACCUAUCGAGUUCCACAUUAAUUCACAAGAACUCAGAUGAGAAGCACAAUAUCACAUCUGUUUGGAUUUCACCUGAUCCUACAAGAGUUCAGUUUGUAGCCACCAUCUUUCGUGAUCCUGAAACAUACUGGGUUGUUAUUCCCAGAACAGUUCUCUUUCCUAGAGAUGUGAAUAAGACUGCAAAUGUUUCUGAAGUCGUUGAUCAGCCCAAACUAAUGAAUGCAUCAGCAAGAAGUAGAAAGAAGUCUUCAUCUAUCAUUGUAAAAGUAAACUGUGAACAGGGUGGAACAUAUGCAAGCAGCAGUGAAUGUGCCAAGACUUCAACUUUCCAAAAUGGUGGCAACCAGGCCCAGGGAGGUCUAGUGUACCAAGGAGGGAUCAAAAAGACUGGAUGCAUUGGUGGUGGAACAGCUAGUGUUUACAACAAGUAUGGCUGUGGUGAUCCGGGUGUUGACUAUGGUAGCAGCAACUCAUAUGGACAAUCUGUUUCAACAAUGUCAAAUAAAGGAAAGGUCAUUGUGUAUGCUCCAAGCAACCCUUACCCACCUGAGCGCUCAACAUACACAUCGCAACUUGCCAACUCCAAAUACAAGCAUAUUCAGAGUACUAAAUACAGCGAGAAAAUACAGUCUCAGGGGUCAGGCUCACAAGGUGGUGUCCGUAUUACCGUUCAGACUGGACAACCUGGACAGAUUUGUGAUAAGACCUCAUCCUCUUAUAACAGCCAAGCCUGUAAAAUGAGCAUACAGUCUGUUUCCUCGCAGGGCAGCAGUUCUUAUGGUUCUCAGCAGGGUGGACCCUCUGUUAUAGUGAGCAGCGGUGGUUCCUCUCCUUCAGGCAGUGGGACCAAAAUUGUAUUUGGUGGCCGUGGACCAUCUUCUUCAGUUGGCAGCAGUGGAUCAUCUACAUUUGGUAGCAGUGGCGGAUCCUCUUCAAGUGGUGGCAAUGGAAUCUCUAUCACAUUUGGUGGAAAAGGAUCCUCUCCUUCAGGGAGCAGCACCGGAUCAUCUUCUACCUACAGCAGCAGUAGCAGCAACAGUGGAUCAUCUUAUACAAUUGGUGGCGGCAGCAGAGGAUCACCAGGUUCAAGUGGCAGUAGCCCUUGUGGUCAGGGAAAUACAUAUAGCGGUGGCAGUCCAUGUAGACCACCGGGUGGAUCAUCGCAACAAAACUAUGGAAACAGCCAGGGUGGACAAAGUGGAUCAUAUGGUGGCGGCCAGUAUGGACAGGGUGGGCAAAGUGGAUCAUACGGUGGCAGCCAGUAUGGACAGGGUGGGCAAAGUGGAUCAUACGGUGGCAGCAGUCAAUAUGGACAGGGUGGACAGAGUGGAUCAUACGGUAGCAGUAGCCAAUAUGGGCAGGGUGGUCAGAGUGGAUCAUAUGGAAGCAGCAGCCAAUAUGGACAGGGUGGACAGAGUGGAUCAUAUGGCGGUGGCCGAUAUGGACAGGGUGGACAGAGUGGAUCAUAUGGUAGCAGUAGCCAAUACGGGCAGAGUGGAUCAUAUGGUAGUAACAGUCAGUAUGGACAGAGUGGAUCAUAUGGUAGUAACAGUCAGUAUGGACAGGGAGGACAGAGUGGCUCAUAUGGUGGCAGCAACCAAUAUGGAGGGCAGGGCUCUCAGACCAGUGGAAGUUACAACAGCAACAGUUGUGAUAAUGGUGAUGUUUCUACUUAUGGUGCAAGUGCUCUGAGCUCAUCAAACUGCAGAGGCAAAAGGGAUCUAGCAACUCAAACAUUUAAUGAUUUCAUGAGAAAGAUCCGUGAAAAGAGAGCUCCAUCUCAUGAACUAAUGAGAAAGACUCAGAGUGAAAAAGUUCGUUCUCUAAUCAGGGCAAUUCGAAGUGAAAAUAUUGACACGUCUACUGCAGGAAGUAUUGAUACCUAUAAAGAGGCAGAAAGCUUUGCUACAAAUGGAAACUAUCAUGCAGAGAGUGGGUCAUCUGGCAGUGGCAACCAAUAUGGACAGGGUGGAUCUCAUGGUGCAGGCAGCCAAAAUGGACAGGGGUCAUAUGGUGGUGGCCCACAUGAACAGGAUGAAUCGUAUAUCGCAUAUGCAAAUAGUCGGGGAGAAUGUGUUUGCCCUGGUGCUCAGGGUGGACAGAGAGGACCAUAUGGCAGAGGUGGUCAAUAUGGACAGGGUGGAUCGUAUGGCGGUGGCAACCAAUAUGGACAGGGUGGAUCUUAUGGUGGAGGCAGCCAAUAUGGACAGGGAUCAUAUGGUCAUGGCUCAUAUGGACAGGGUGGAUCUUAUGGGGGUGGCAACCAAUAUGGACAGGGUGGAUCAUAUGGAGGUCAUUAUGGACAGGGUGGAUCUUAUGGUGGCAGCAGCCCUUACGGACAGGGUGUGCAUAGUGGUUCAUAUGGCAGCAACCAAUAUGGACAGGGAGGACAGAGUGGAUCAUACGGAGGCCAAUAUGGACAGGGUGGAUCAUAUGGAAGGGACAGCCGCUAUGGACAGGAUGGGUCCUAUGGGAGCAGUAACCAAUACCAUUAUGGACAGGGUGGGUCAUAUGGAAGCAACAAUCAAUAUGGACAGGGUGGCCAAAGUGGAUCAUAUGGCAGCCAAAGUGGGUCAUAUGGCAGCCACAGUGGAUCAUAUGGCAACAACCAAUACGGACAGAGUGGAUCAUAUAGUGGCAGCAGCCAGUAUGGACCAGGUGGAUCAUAUGGCAGCGGCAACCAAUACGGGAAGACCAACUCUUCCUCAGGAGGCAGUCGGCCUGGUGGACAGAACUCAACUUUUUCAGAAGGAAAUCAAACUGAUGGACAGGAUUCAUCCUCCCCUUCAGGCAGUCAGCAGAGUGGUCCGAGCUCAGCAUACUCUGGAGGCAGGCAGCCUGGUGGGCCGGGCAGAUGUUUUUGCCCCGGUGGGAUUUCUGCCUCUUCUUAUGGUGGACAAGGCAGUCAGUAUGGUGGUGGAUAUGGCAGCCAAUAUGGUGGUAGCAGCCAAUAUGGUAGCAGCAGCCAAUAUGGUGGUGGACGAGGAAGCCAAUAUGGUGGCAGCAACCAAUAUGGUGGUGGACGAGGAAGGCCGUAUGGAGGACAAUAUGGAAAUAACCAGUAUGGAGGUGGACGAGGAGGCAACCAGUAUGGUGGACAUGUAAGAACCAUGGCUGGUUCUCAAACCCACCAGUCUUCUGGCAAUAAUGCUGUCGGGAAGCAACCAGCCUUCAUCUUCAUUCUCUUCAGUAUUUUGAGUGCUUUUGCUAUCUCUCAUUCAAUCAUAUAUUAAUGGAUAAUAUAGACAUUUGAAGUAAUUCCAAGGAAAUGGCUGCUUUCAAGAUAAUACUGUUUUCUGAAUGAAGCACUUGAGUCAAAUUUAUAGAUUGGUAAACCCUACGUUCCACACCCAUAUACCUACUCUGUAUAUGAAUCGUUUAGUUAGUUUAGUUAUCUGUUUCCUUUGGUGUACUAUGCUUUCAUCCUGACAUGAAAUGGGUAUUUCAUUUGCUAGAAAUAUAGUGUUUUAUUUGCUUUUUGGGGAUAUAAUUCAUAUGUCAUUUUUAUUUGGUCAAAAUAGGAAUUUAAUACUUGUAAAGCAGUGGUUCUCAACCAGGUGUUUUGGCCUACAACUCCCAGAAAUCUCAGCCAGUUUAACAGCUGUUAGGAUUUCUUGGUGUUGAAGGCCUAAGCAUCUGGGGACCCUCAGGUUGAGAACCACUGUGUAAAGGAUCUGUGACCAAGAGGCUAAAAUCUACUUAUUUGAUGUUUAAUAUCUGCAGGAUUUAGCAUGUUUUGAAACUGUAUCCCAGUGUAAUAAUAGCUCAACAGUCUUUGAAUAUAUGAGGGCAAAGAUCCAGCCCUUGGAAAUACAUUUUGAUUUUCAGGUAAUGACCCAAAAUAUGAUACCAUUCAUGAAUGGCAGUCCUAAGUAUAUUUAUCACAUGUAAAUGGGCUUAAGCUGAAUGCGAGGAUUACAACUGGGAAACUGUGCUUGCAGCAAUAUCUCAGCAUUCCCCCUUCAUCAAAACAAAUACAGAUGUGUUGGACCAGGAGUGGGAGAUGUGCGGACCUCUUGAUGUUGGUUCAUUGCAUCUUCCAUCUGCCAUCAUCUAUUGAAGGAUGAAGGGAGUGGAAUAAAGUACAACUGGAGGUCCACAUGCUGCCCACCCCCAUGGUAGCCCAUAUACUGUAUAUACACAUGUAUAAGUCAAGGGCACAUCAUGGUACCAAUAUUGUGAAUUUCUAUAUUACUCGUGGAUGCAUUGGGUGUCACUCUGCACAGAGGGAGAAAGCACCGAUGUCGACUCAAGGACCCAUCCAUCCCUGGCCGCUGCCACCACAAUUUCUCUGACCAGACUUUUUUUUUUAAGCUAAAAGGAGUGCUAAAAAGAGAGAGUAUGGGAUAUGUGUGCUUUUUGAAGGUUCUCCUGAGAUUAGGAUGGUUCCUUUUUUAUGAGUCACAUUGAUCCAUGGAUAAGUCAACUCAUGCAUUUUUUGGUUGAUAUUUUGGCAAAUUUCUAGACUUAUACAUGAGUAUAUAGUGUAUGUAAGCAGAUCAUUGGAAACAAUGAUAAGGAGCAAAAGCUGACUUAGCCUGUCCUGGAACUACACCAUGUUCCAUAUGUGGCCCUUACAUAUAAUGCUGCACUUUCCUGGCCAAAACUACACUCCCAUCUCAAGAAGUCAGGCUUCCCUAAUCCUAGCUUCUUUCUGCUCUCCAGCCUAAUCUAGAAACUAUCUCAUGAAUACCAGGUACUAGUCACAAUCUGAUAAUGGACCAUUUCUCUUCCAUAUUGUAAUGCAAGAGUCUCUCAGAGAGAGAAUGUGGACAUGUAUUUUGCAAUCUUAAGAAUACCACUAUUAGGUUUUAUACAAUUGUUUUACCAUCACCACUACUAAACCUGAACCUUAUACUACCAGUCGCUGGGCUGUAAUAGACCUCUGAGAGAUCAUUCAACCCAAUCAAAAUCCCAUCACAAUGCAAUAAUUUUCCAUGAUCGCAUUUCCAAAGAGAAAUGUGAUAAUAGCAUAUAUAUCCACAUUGUGUUCAAGUGUCCUAGUUAUGAGUUAUCACUAUUGAAUUGUUUCUAACACCAAACCAUUAAAUAUAAUACAUUUUAUAUAACAUACAGCCUACUUUGUGUUGGCAUAAACAUAUCCAAAAGGUAGUACUUCAAGUAUUCAAAAACAUCCCAAUUUUUGUAACUAAUAAACAGAACCAAAUGAAUCCUAAAAUCCACAUAAAGCAAUAAGUGCCCUAGUGCCUUGAUAGUCAAAAUCCAGAAUCUUAAGGCUGCUCUUAAAUUUUAAAGAAAUUCUAUAAACUGAGUCCCCUUUGGGAAGAUAGGAUGGUCUAUAAAUAAAAUGUAUUAUUAUUAUUAACAGUCACUCAGUCAUAGCAACUCAAAAGUAACUUCAAUUACUUUAACUCUUGGAUAACUAUGUUUAGGAUUCCAGCCUAAGUGUUGUGUGUCCUUAGCAUUUUCAGGUUUGACCCUUAUCACUGAAAACCAUUCUGUUCACCUUUACGAGGAAUUUUAGGAUUCUGUAAAUCAGGUUUAUAUUUAAAACAAACAGACACAGCUAUAUAAGAAUUUUAAGAUGUAAUAUAAUUUGUAUUGUUCAUUGGAAUAGGCAUUAAAUUGUUCUAAUAAAGAUUAUUCGUUUCAUAUGAA